AUGCGGCCGACCGACGCGACCCCAAACGCCUACGCGCACCUGAACGCCAAUCUCUCGGCCCCCCCGCAGACGCACAUCCACCCGAUCGCCCUCGCGCUCGGCAUCGCCGGCUUCUUCUGCCUCCUCUUCCUCGUGUCGGCCUCGUCCUACCAGAAGCACCAGCUCCAGGUCCUCGCGCGCAAACUCCUGCGCAAGAAGCGCAAGUCCGUCGCCGACGAGGACCGCUUCGGCGCUGUCACUAGCCGUCCGGUUCCCAAACCGAAUCAUACCGGUACCAGCACUGGCAGUCGUCAGAGUACGGCGGCCAGCGCGUCCCCCCACCCGACGGCGGACCUCCCGAGCUUUGUCCGCCACGCGGCCGAGACGGGCAACGCCCGCGUGGUCAAGCGCUGGAUCCACUCGCCCAACCGCUACGUGGACGCCGCCAGUGCCGAGAACCUCACGGCGCUGCACUACGCAGUGCGCAGCGGCCACAACGAGUGCACGCGGCUGCUGCUGGCGGCCCAUGCCGACCCAAACGCCGCGGACGAGCGCCGCGUGACGCCGCUGCACUUGGCGGCGCUGGGCGGCCACGCGCUGUGCGUGAAGCUGCUGCUGGACAGCAACGCCGACCCGUUGCUGGUGGACGUGGACGACCACACGCCGCUGUAUAUCGCCGAGCAGAGCGGCAACAUUGGCUGCGCACGGCUCUUGCAGCGGGCCAUGGCCAAGGCCGUCAUGCAGGACGAGGCCUCGACGGUCACGUUGCGGGCGGGGGCCUCGACGGCGCGCGUGGACAAUGCCGUCUAA